CUUUUUUCAGUUAUCCUAUUCUACACUGGAAGAAUCCAUAACUCUCAUUCUUCAUUUGUGCUUCUCUUUUUUUUUUUUCUUGUUUUCCUCCUAAUAUAUCCCAGCAUAUUCAAAUUCGAGUCCCGUUCGAGGAGUUUGCAGAAUAGGCCCUCGAUUUGAUUAGAAUAUACACGACGAUACAGCCAAAAAUAUCAUGUACGGGACAUCAACAGGCCCUCAGACGGGCAUUAAUACUCCUCGUUCUUCACAGUCUUUGCGGUCUCUCGUUCUCACGCAUGGCUCUCUGGAAUUUUCUUUCCCGGUGCCCACUUCUCUUCACUUUCAUGCCUCGCAAUUGAAAGACACUUUUACCGCUUCUCUACCAGAGCCCACAGACGAGCUGGCCCAGGAUGACGAGCCUUCCUCGGUCACCGAGCUGGUUGCACGGUAUAUUGACUACGUCGCACGCGAAGUCGAAGAGGGCGAGGAUGACGCUCAUGGGAUCUAUCUGGAGGUCUUGAAGCUGGCCCUGAACGAAUUUGAACGUGCUUUCAUGCGUGGCAAUGAUGUCCAUGCGGUUGCCGCCAGCCUUCCGGGUAUCACAGCCAAGAAGAUCCUUGUGGUGCAGGCCUACUAUGCCGGCAGAGCUGCAAUUGGCCGCCAGAUGAAGCCAUAUGAGUCCGCCUUGCUCAGAGCAGCGUCAGAUGGGACAGCUAGCAUAUACACGGUUUUCGGCGGCCAAGGCAAUAUUGAAGAAUACUUCGACGAAUUGCGAGAGGUUUAUACGACAUAUCCUUCGUUAGUGGAAGAUUUAAUCUCCUCUUCUGCCGACUUGUUGCAGUCCCUCUCCCGCCAGUCCGAGGCGAGCAAGCUCUACCCCAAGGGGAUGGACAUCCUCAAAUGGCUUCACGACCGCGACUCGCAACCAGAUACAGACUACUUAGUUUCUGCUCCAGUCAGUCUACCAUUAAUCGGGCUUGUGCAAUUGGCUCACUAUAUGGUCACCUGCAAAGUCCUGGGCAGACAGCCCGGCGAAAUCCUGGAAAGAUUUAGUGGAACCACUGGUCACUCCCAGGGCGUCAUCACAGCCGCUGCCAUUGCCUCUGCGACUUCCUGGGAAGCAUUUAGCGAAGCAGCCAAGAAUGCCUUGAAGAUGCUCUUCUGGAUCGGCGCUCGAAGCCAGCAGGCCUAUCCUCGCACAUCUAUCGCACCAUCCGUACUGCAAGAUUCGAUUGAAAAUGGGGAGGGUGUGCCCACUCCCAUGCUGUCUAUCCGGGACCUCCCUAAAUCUGCCGUUCAGGACCACAUCGACGCAACGAACCAACAUCUCCCUGCCGAUCGUCAUAUUUCGAUUUCGCUUGUGAAUAGUGCUCGAAAUUUUGUCGUCACUGGACCCCCUCUGUCUCUCUACGGUCUUAAUUUACGACUGCGCAAAGUCAAAGCACCUACAGGCUUGGAUCAAAACCGUGUACCCUUUACACAACGUAAAGUUCGUUUUGUUAAUCGAUUCCUCCCUAUCACAGCACCGUUCCACAGCAAGUACUUGGUGUCUGCUUACGAUCGUAUUCUGGAGGACUUGCGCGGGAUCGAGAUCUCGGCAAAGUCGCUUGUGAUUCCGGUUUAUGAUACUAAAACCGGCGAUGAUCUCAGGGCAGUAUCUCAGGGCGAUGUUGUCCCGGCGUUGGUUCGCAUGAUUACUCAUGAUGCAGUUAAUUGGGAAAAGGCGACCGUUUUCCCUGGUGCCACCCAUGUUGUUGAUUUCGGCCCCGGUGGUAUCUCUGGUUUGGGAGUACUGACAAACCGCAACAAAGAUGGUACUGGGGUCCGCGUCAUCCUGGCUGGUGCUAUGGACGGUACUAAUACUGAGGUUGGCUACAAGCCGGAACUGUUUGAUCGUGACGAGCAUGCUGUCAAGUACGCAGUCGAUUGGGUCAAAGAACACGGGCCUCGCCUGGUGAGGACCUCAGCUGGCCAGACCUUCGUCGAUACCAAGAUGAGCAGGCUUUUGGGCAUUCCACCCAUUAUGGUUCCCGGUAUGACACCGACCACAGUCGCCUGGGAUUUCGUUGCGGCAACCAUGAAUGCUGGAUAUCAUAUCGAACUUGCCGGUGGCGGCUAUUUCAUGCCCAAAUUAAUGGAGGAUGCUAUACUCAAGAUUGAGAAGGCCAUCCCACCAGGGCGCGGCAUAACCGUGAACCUGAUAUAUGUCAACCCCCAGGCGAUGGCUUGGCAAAUCCCUCUCAUAGGGAGGCUGAGGGCUGAUGGUGUUCCUAUCGAAGGCCUCGCAAUUGGUGCUGGCGUUCCCUCUAUUGAAGUUGCCAAUGAGUACAUCCAGACGCUUGGUAUCAAGCAUAUUGCCUUCAAGCCAGGGUCGGUAGAUGCCAUCCAACAGGUCAUCAACAUCGCCAAAGCAAACCCUAAGUUCCCCGUCAUCCUUCAGUGGACCGGUGGCCGGGGUGGAGGACACCACUCCUUUGAAGACUUCCAUCAACCGAUCCUGCAGAUGUAUAGCCGGAUUAGAAGGUAUGAUAAUAUUGUCCUUGUUGCUGGAAGUGGUUUCGGCGGCUCUGAGGAUACCUAUCCUUACCUUACCGGAGACUGGUCUUCCCGUUUCGGCUAUCCUCCCAUGCCGUUUGAUGGAUGCCUCUUUGGUAGUCGCAUGAUGGUCGCAAAGGAAGCUCACACUUCUACGGACGCCAAAAAGGCCAUCGUCGACGCGCCUGGCCUUGAUGAUGCGCAGUGGGAGGAGACUUAUAAGGGGCCUGCUGGUGGUGUCGUUACCGUUCUUUCAGAGAUGGGUGAGCCGAUUCACAAGUUGGCUACUCGAGGUGUCUUGUUCUGGCAUGAGAUGGAUCAGAAAAUCUUCAAAUUGGACAAGGCCAAACGUUUGCCGGAACUCAAGAAGCUGCGGGGCUACAUCAUUAAGAAACUGAAUGACGAUUUCCAGAAGGUCUGGUUCGGCCGAAACGCCGCUGGCGAGGCGGUCGACCUUGAGGAGAUGACAUACGCAGAGGUUGUACACCGCAUGGUCGAGCUGAUGUAUGUUAAGGCCGAGGCUCGGUGGAUCGACGACUCUCUGAAGAGGCUGACGGGCGACUUCAUCCGUCGCAUCGAAGAGCGGUUUACCACGGCUGAAGGCCAACCAUCUCUUCUACAAAACUAUUCAGAACUCAAUACACCGUACCCGGCGAUUGAUAACAUCCUUUCCGCAUAUCCCGAAGCGGCCACCCAAUUAAUCAAUGCUCAGGAUGUCCAACAUUUCCUUCUGCUUUGCCAGCGACGGACGCAGAAGCCAGUACCGUUUGUUCCUGCACUGGAUGAAAAUUUUGAAUUCUAUUUCAAGAAGGACUCUCUUUGGCAAAGCGAGGAUUUGGCGGCUGUCGUGGGCCAAGAUGUCGGGAGGACUUGUAUUCUGCAAGGCCCCAUGGCGGCCAAGUUCUCAACCGUCAUCGAUGUACCUGCAAAAGAUAUCUUGGACGGCAUUCACCAGGGACAUAUCAAAGGCCUCAUCCGCGAUAUCUAUGGAAGCGACGAGUCCAAGAUCCCUGUCAUCGAAUACUUCGGAGGCCGUCUCAACGAGUCUGUGGCUGAGCCUGAUGUCGACGGUCUUACAGUUUUUAAGGAUGGGAACAAGAUGACUCUCCGCUUGUCUUCGGCACCUUCGGCUAACCUGCCUGACCCUGACCGCUGGCUGCGUCUCCUUGCUGGCAGCACUCCUUCCUGGGUGCAUGCCUUCUUUUUGGCUGACGUUUUCGUCCAAGGGCAUCGCUUUGAGACGAACCCAGUGAAGCGCCUCAUUGCGCCUACUGGGGGUAUGUAUGUCGAGAUUGAAUAUCCCGGGGAUCCCUCCAGAACGAAGAUCACCGUCAAUGAACCGUGCCAAUCUGGGAAGCUCGUCAAGACCCUCGAUGUGAGGUUGAAUGAUAAAGACCAGAUCUCAUUAACCUUGUACGAAAAUAGAACGGCGGAAGGUGGCGAAGUUCCUCUCAGUUUUCUGUUUACGUAUCAUCCCGAGGCAGGAUAUGCGCCUGUCAGGGAGGUCAUGGACAGUCGCAACGACCGCAUCAAGGAGUUUUACUACCGUGUUUGGUUUGGCAAUAAGGAAGUGCCAUUUGACACGCCGACAACUGCUACGUUCAAUGGUGGCCGUGAGACAAUCACUUCUCAGGCAGUCGCCGAUUUCGUCCACGCUGUUGGUAACACCGGCGAGGCUUUCGUUGAGCGUCCAGGAAAGGAGGUCUUUGCCCCCAUGGACUUCGCUAUCGUUGUUGGUUGGAAAGCAAUCACCAAGCCUAUCUUCCCUCGCACCAUCGAUGGUGAUCUAUUGAAACUAGUCCAUCUAUCGAACGGAUUCAAGAUGGUUCCCGGCGCGCAGCCUCUGAAAGUUGGCGACGUUCUGGACACCACUGCCCAGAUCAACGCUGUGAUCAACCAAGACUCUGGAAAGUUGGUUGAGGUCUGUGGAACUAUCAAGAGGGAUGGCCAGCCCAUUAUGCAUGUUACCAGCCAAUUUCUCUACAGGGGAGCGUAUUCUGAUUACGAGAACACCUUCCAGCGGAAAGAGGAGGUGCCCAUGCAAGUUCACUUAGCCUCCACUCGGGAUGUUGCGGUUCUCCGUUCCAAGGAGUGGUUCCGCUUGGAUGAGCCCAAUGUGGAACUCUUGGGUCAAACGCUGACCUUCCGUCUUCAAAGUCUGAUCAGAUUCAGGAACAAGUCUGUUUUUAGCCAAGUUCAGACGAUAGGCCAAGUUCUCCUAGAACUUCCUACGAAAGAGGUUAUUCAAGUUGCCUCUGUCGAUUACGAGGCUGGAACAUCUCGUGGAAACCCCGUCAUUGACUAUCUCGAACGAAAUGGGACGUCAAUCGAGCAACCCGUCUACUUCGAAAACCCCAUUCCUCUCAGUGGGAAGACUCCACUUGUUCUGCGAGCGCCAGCUUCCAAUGAAACUUAUGCUCGAGUCUCUGGAGAUUAUAACCCGAUCCACGUCUCUCGCGUUUUCUCUCGUUACGCGAACCUUCCUGGGACUAUUACUCAUGGGAUGUACACUAGUGCCGCUGUUCGCAGUCUGGUUGAGACUUGGGCUGCUGAGAACAACAUUGGCCGUGUUCGUGGAUUCCUCGUGUCGCUGGUGGGCAUGGUACUGCCAAAUGAUAUCAUCAAUGUCAAACUCCAGCAUGUUGGAAUGAUCGCUGGCCGCAAGAUUAUCAAGGUCGAAGCCAGCAACAAGGAGUCUGAAGAUAAGCUUCUUCUUGGAGAAGCCGAGGUAGAGCAACCUGCGACUUCCUACGUAUUCACUGGCCAGGGCUCCCAGGAGCAAGGCAUGGGUAUGGAUCUGUAUGAAAGCAGCCCCGUUGCCAGGGAGGUCUGGGACCGCGCAGAUCGACACUUUGUGGAAAACUAUGGGUUUGCCAUCACCGAUAUUGUCAAAAAUAAUCCCAAGGAACUCACAGUCUAUUUUGGUGGCCCCCGCGGUAAGAUCAUUCGUCAGAAUUACAUGUCAAUGACCUUCGAAUCAGUGAAUGCAGAUGGCACAGUCAAGUCCGAGAAGAUCUUCAAAGAAAUUGAUGAAACUACGACCUCAUAUACCUAUAGGUCUCCAACAGGACUUCUGUCAGCCACCCAGUUCACUCAGCCGGCCUUGACUCUGAUGGAAAAGGCGAGCUUUGAAGAUAUGCGCGCCAAGGGUCUCGUUCAAAGAGACAGUACUUUCGCUGGCCACUCACUUGGUGAAUACUCGGCUCUUGCUGCUCUUGCUGAUGUCAUGCCGAUUGAGAGCUUAGUCUCGGUGGUGUUCUACCGUGGCUUGACAAUGCAGGUUGCUGUAGAGCGUGACGAACAGGGUCGCUCGAACUACUCGAUGUGUGCAGUAAAUCCAAGCAGGAUCUCCAAAACAUUUACCGAACAGGCGUUGCAGUAUGUGGUGGAAAAUAUCUCUGAGCAGUCUGGCUGGCUCUUGGAGAUCGUCAAUUACAAUGUGGCUAACAUGCAGUACGUCGCUGCUGGAGAUUUACGUGCUCUUGACUGUUUGACGAACGUCCUCAAUUUCCUGAAAGCCCAGAAAGUUGAUAUUCCAGCUCUCAUGCAGAGCAUGUCUCUCGAAGAUGUCAAGGGUCACUUAGUGCAAAUCAUCCAUGGAUGUAUAGAGCAAACUGAAUCCAAGCCUCAGCCCAUCAACUUGGAACGCGGCUUCGCAACGAUUCCCCUAAAGGGGAUCGAUGUGCCUUUCCAUAGCACAUUCCUCCGUUCAGGUGUCAAGCCUUUCCGCUCAUUUUUGCUUCGGAAGAUCAACAAAAACACGAUAGACCCUAGCAAGUUGAUUGGAAAGUAUAUCCCGAAUGUGACUGCUAGACCUUUCCAGAUUACGAAGGAGUAUUUUGAGGAUGUUUACAGACUGACCAAUUCUCCGCGCAUUGCCCAUAUUCUUGCGAAUUGGGACAAGUAUGAAGAGGGGAAUGAGAAAGGCUCGCCUUCGACCGGUACUGCUGCAGCUUAAAUUCAUGUGCUUGUUCUUGCUGGGUAUUUCUAUGCUUUUACUACUUCACCUUGGCUUGUGCGGUCUUUUUUCUUGGGUUUCUUGUACUGUUCAUAGAAGUUGUAUUUACGGGUAUACUAAUAGCGAUGUCCAUGAUAUUGUUCUAAUAGACUGUUAAGU